UGGCGAUUCCGAAGCUUUGUUGCGUGUGUUCCGGAGGCAUGCACUCAACGCUGUCGAAUUAUUCUCAUCGCGUUGCGCGACACGCCACCGGGAAUCUGGGCCGGUGCAGGAUUCGAUUCUGCAUGCCACUAGAACCCAGCUUCCAAUGGAUGGAAAUGGAACCUUGCAUCGUCCCUAUUUAAGCAUCGCCGCUGCGCUAAUCCCUCUCUCCUGCUCCAAAUCUCCUCUUAAUUCGUUGCUAGAAUCUGAUGUUUCAGUUCAGAGACUUUGUGAUCGCUAGAUGAACGCCAAGAAGAUUAAGCUGCACGACCACAACUAAGGGUCGCCGAUGUGUGACCCGCAGCUGUUUCACGGCACCGCCGCCGGGCUCUCCUUCCACCCGGGGCUCGUGAGCUCCGCGCCGCAGCAGCAUGGCGGUACGGGCGGCUGGCUGCACGAGGAGUACGCCCUGACCCCGAGGUCGGUGCUCACGACGCAGAGCAGCUGCGUCGGCUCCGACACCGCCGCGUUCUUCGCCGCCGAGCACCUUCUCGGCAUGGCGCCGUUCGACUGCCCUCUCGGAACGACGACACUCCCGGCGAUGACGGCGGCCAAGACGGCGCCGUUCGGCCGGUCGCCGGAGGCCGAGCAGCUCUACCGGCCGAUUGACCCGCUGCUGCUCCGCGAUAACUCGGUGAGGACGUACUACGUCCGGCCGCAGCAGCGGGACGCCGCGGAGGCGCCUCCUGCACUCAAGCUGCCAUUACAGCACCAGCGGCAGCAAGAGAGAGUGCAUGGGCUGUUCGGCAACGCUUCCGCUGCUAGGCAUUUCGGCGGCGAACCCCAAACCCACUCCUUUUCACCUCAUGUUGCGGCGAGCACCCUUCUCCCGGCAAGGGAGGUGCCGAGCAUGCAUAGCCCGAUGGAGAACCUGCUGUCCAGGGGUUGCAAUAUCGGUGCACCGGCGACCCACACCAGCAACGUCGCCGCCGCGCCCGGGCAAGGCGCGCCGAGCAAGACGCGGAUCCGGUGGACGCAGGAUCUCCACGAGCGGUUCGUCGACUGCGUGAACCAGCUCGGCGGCGCGGACAUCUUCUCUUGUUGCCGCGUGACACUUGCAGAGGCGACUCCCAAGGGGAUUCUGAAGCUGAUGAACUCGGAUGGCCUCACGAUCUACCACAUCAAGAGCCACCUUCAGAAAUAUCGCAUAGCCAAAUACAUGCCAGCAUCAACAUCUGAAGGAAAACAGGAGAAAAGAGCCGCGGGAAAUGACGUGCAGAAUCUCGACCCAAACACUGGGAUGCAAAUCACUGAAGCACUACGCGCCCAGCUCGACGUGCAGAGGCGUCUCCACGAGCAGCUCGAGAUCCAGCGGAAUCUGCAGCUGAGGAUCGAGGAGCAGGGCAAGAAGCUGCAGAAGAUGUUCGAGGAGCAGCUCAAGGCGAGUAGGACCGUGAUGGAGCCGCGGGAGGAGCUGCAGGGCGUCGGCCUCGGCGUGGCCUUCCCCGGCGUCAGCGAGCAGGAGGAUGACGCGUUCGACGACUUGCAGCUGCUGUCCGUGGCCGGCGGCGGCGGCUACACCGAUGCCGGGUUCCCGUCGAAGAUAAGCUAGCCUAGCCUCGUGAGGGCUCUGCUAGCUAGUCAGCUUUGUAAUCGUAGGAUUUGACAGAUGUUAUAGUUGUUCUCGAUGUAUGAUACGUACAAUGUUGGGGUUCAGGACUCCCUUUGUUUUUGCUGUCGAAUUUUUCUUUUUUCUUUUUGGAAAGAUGUAUUGAAAUGUCUGGAAUAGAUGGGAGGAUCAUCGUCAUCCCUCAAGGUAAA